UGAUUUGAACGAUAAAUAACAGGCAUCAGUAACAGCAGCGGCAGUGGGCGCCCCCGCCACCGCGGUUCGCACUGUUGUUUCACAGCUUAAUGAUGGACCGCAGCAUAACGUUACCUACUGCAACAAUAAUGGCAUAGGCUGACAGUGUUGACAGUAAUACGUAGCCAGCCGUACGAUUGUCGGUCCUUCUGGUCGUCGAUCACCGGUGCCAGCAGCCGCUGCUGGCUGGUAUCGACACCGUCAAAACAGCACCAGUACAACUCAGCAAAAUGCCGAUGGUCAAAAGAGAAAUAACAACAGAACGGCCGUAACGGCAAGGCAAACGCUGUAGAGAGGCUGUUGACUGACUGUCUGUCUGGCUUGCUGCUUACCAGUGUGCUACAGUCCACUGCUUCUUUCUUCGCAUCAGCAGUGGUGACGGCCUCGGGAGCUGCUCUUACCACUAGGCUGCUGCAAACAUCAAACGCCUGUGAUCGCAGCUUCAACCACUGCUUCCACUGGGACCAUCUCCAGUGUGCUACUUACACUGCUCAUACAGCUGGUUGCCACAGCCGCAGCGCUGGUUGCCUGCAGGCUGGGUGACGACCGCCGGAGGUGUUCUGCCUUUCCUAAACAGACAGACACGCAUAGAAACGACGACAGAUGGGGAAAAGCCAAAUCGAUCGUUGCUGGUCGCUUAUUACGAUGGUAGAGAAUGAAUUGUGUAAAUCCGCUCGCUGGUGGCGCCAGUUGUUACUGCAGUAACAGCAACAACUGCGACGACGGCGACGCCGUCGCCGCUAUAGCAACAGCAGCGCUACAGUGUCGCCGCCUGUGCAAGUGGUGAGGUGCCGGCGGCCAGUCCUGUCGUAAUGGAGAGCGGCGGCGUGGAAUAAUCGAGUUGGGUACAGCUGGUUGAUUUCGGUGGCACACACUGCGACCAUUUCGUCGGAUGAAAAGUCGUCGUUCGACGACUCUGCUGUCUGUCAACAUCGGCAGCAGUAGGUGACUGGUUCAGAGUCGUGUCCCAUCCCAUAUCCGCAACCACUUUGGAUAUUGCUAGUGUAACUUCAGUUUAGCAGUAGGCGCAGCGACAGCAGCUUAGAAGGAAAGCUCGGAAGCGAAAACCACUCCUCGGGCAGAGCUUGAUUUAAGUUGGUUCCAAUGUGAGUUGUUAGUAUCAGUCUUCUAUACGGUGCGGUGCCAUGCUUCGCUCUGUUGUGAUAUAGAGAGAAACGCGAUGAAUAGCAAGUGAAGUAAAACAGGCUUUUCUCGUCGCAUGCCACUGUCUCCUUUGUACAAUAUCUUCCAGGUAAAAUUUAGGGGGCGACGCCGAAGUGCAACUAAACGAAGGAAGUGGUUACUGCCGCUGGUCGAGUUUGUCAUGUUUAUUUUUCCCGAUAGUAAUGGGAAGCCCUCUAAAAAAGAUCAGAGUAUCAGCGGGUGACGUUGGUGCUCAGUUUUGGAAAGCAGCGACGGUUGCUAAGUGACAGUCAGCGAACUAGAAUAGUUCAUCCAAUAGCCGCUACCAUUAGGAAUGGCGGUAAUUACGAUGCUACUGCUGCUGCUACUGCUGCUGAUGCGUUAAACGUGCCAUUGACUGUUUUGUAGUUCGGCCUUGGAUAUCAAACACUUACUGCGGCGAUGUUAAGUGAAACUGUAGCAUCAAUUUCACCAACAUCUACAGCAGCGGUUCAGAUGAAGUUCACCCGGAAGCUCCUGUUAUUAGACUAACUUGCUUCCAUGGACUGCUCGCCUCAGCAAAAGUCCCCGUUGUCGGCUCGCUACUGGGGCGAAGAAACGACGCCGGGAGGUAUUUGGGCUAUAUAUCUCAAGAAGGUUCGCUAUCAUCCAUGCAGUUCCUACAGUGUCGCUGGAAGCGGGGGCUCCAGUCAGGAUGGCGACGAUACGGUUUCGCAUCUCGAAUGGGAAACAGUUAAGAUAAGAUAUUUAAAGGCCGGCACCUUAGAAGUAAUUGUCGCCUCGCUAUCCGACGACCAGGGGGAAGUCGAUCCCAAUGUGAUGCACAUACUGUUAUCAACAUAUCGCUCAUUCGCGACAUGCGGGCAGCUUCUGAAAGUUAUUACCACCCGAUAUCAAGAAAUAGACGAAGGCACCAUUCAGGUUCUAGAAGAUACGGAGGAAGGCCACAAGAUUGCCUUGCGCCAAACGUUAGCAGAAUGGGUGGACAAAUAUCCGGAAGAUUUUUUUUCCCCACCUGACCACGAGGAGCUCCUAGCACUUCAGGAGUUCGUGAAAAAAUAUGCUCCGUCGUCGAUCAUUGAACGCAAGGUUCAGGGUCGGUUGAAGGAGUUGCGUUCAAAAAAGGGAGGCAAAUUCUUUGAACCUAAAUCAUGGAUAAACGAGUAUUCUCGUGAUCAGAUGAAGAUCGGGUUGCAAUUCGAGGACAUUGACAACAAGCAUUUUGCUCUUCAACUUACAUGGAUGGACAUGACGUUGUUCAGACGGCUGGUUCCAUACCACUGUUUGACGAUGCGAUCUCGCAAAACCGGAGACAGGUGUGGUGAAACAUACCAGGACACGGUGAGGCAAUUUAAUGCUGUCGUAAAGAAAGUUAUAUCGACCGUUCUUAUAGGUGGUACCGAAGUGAAAGUAUCACAAAGAGCCGAAAUACUCACCAAAUGGAUCGAGAUUGCUGAUGAGCUUCGUUACGUGAAGAACUUCACUUCUUUGAAGGCAAUCAUCGCAGCUCUGCAGUCGAAUGACUUGUACCGUCUGUCGCGUGUAUGGCAAUCGGUAGCUCGGGAGAAGACUCAACGCUUUUCUGAGCUAGCCGCGAUCUUUAGUGAGGACAAUAACGAGAUGAACGCUCGAUCGUUGCUAUUGAAAGAAGGUACGGCGAAGACUGCCGACUGGAAACCUGAUCGAAGUACCUCCAGCGGCAAUAAGUCACCUCGCCAUAAUGGCCACAAACACACCAAUCAUUUCGCUCAAUCUCAGCCGACAAUCAGUGGUACAAUACCAUACUUGGGUACAUUUAUGAAGGACCUCACAAUGACAGACUCCGCAUAUCCUGAAAACGUCACUCAUCCUGACGGCACGCCGCUAAUAAACUUUGACAAGAAGAAGAAAGAAUUUGAGAUCCUUGCCCAAAUCAAAAUUCUCCAAAGCUCGUCGAAUAGCUAUAGCAUACAACCGGAUCCGGCUUUUCUCGUUUGGUUUGAUAGCAUAGAGAUUCUGCGUGAGGACGAAAGCUACGAACUUUCAUGCGAGAUUGAACCAGCCAACCCUGUCAUUCGAGAUCUGAACUCAAUAUCCCGCGUUGAUGGUCUUCGAAGAUGUACCUCGGUAAACGACGCUAUUAAUCUUGGACACCGGAAAAAAAAUUCAACUUCUUCGACAACCAGUUCGAGUUCGUGUGUCCUCCUUUCACAGGAUCUUCAAAGCACGAGUGAUGUAUCAUCUAUGGCAUCACUACCACGAGGCGAAGGUAUUUGUGUUGUAGAUAGUAAUGGGCUAAGCAGCCUUUCUGAUUCACGUCUGUCGCACUCAACUUGUAGUUUGCAACUACCACGGAUUACGACUACAGGACAGCUUCGAGUUACUGGGGCGAGAAACCCUGAAGUGCAUAUAGCUCGUGUAAGCGUCGCACAGCCCGGUGUCACGCCACAGCAGGGCCAGAAUUUGUACAAAAGCAUCUUUUUAAGUAAUAGGGAACGAACUCAGCAGGUAAUUAAAAAUUCUCUAGAAAAAUUCGCCAUCAAUGACGAUCCAGGAAACUACAUGCUCGUCCAACAGGGACCGGACGGUCAAGAAAUCGAAAUACCACCAGACACUAAUGUUUACUACGCCGUCAACAAGUCGUACGAGCUCAAUUUCGUGUUGAAGCAUCGUUCUCUGCAGCGACCGGCAGUGCCCAGUUUGCUCAAGUACAAAUCAUCUAGUAUGUCACUCUUGUUGCGUCGAAAAUUCUGACAACUUGUCGUGAUAAUGGGAGUAACACAAUGUGAUGAAAAAAAAAUGUAUAGUUUAAGAAGCAUGUUUUGCUUUCAGUAAAAGGUUGCAUAAACGCUACAUAGGCUAGUAGGCAUGACUCCAUUGGGAACUGUUUUUGUUGAAUAGUUUAGACGCACGCACUUAACUAAUGAGCAGAGGAAGAAGUAGCUGGAGAGGCUAGUUUCAAAUCGAUAUUCUGCAGAUCAUGUAUCAAAAGCUGAAAUAGCAAUGACUCAUAAAAGCCAUUAAUAGAAUUCGCAAUCACAGAACAUGCAUGUGUGCGAAGUUGAUGUCUUGUUACAUAUGUUAGCUAUAUGGCGUUAAGUCUAUUAAAGAGGAAAUAGCGUAGUAAAGUAAACGAAUAGGAAGACUCCACAUAUGUGAUGCGUAUGAACUAGAACAAAACAAAGUAAACGAGAGAAGGUUCAUCUGGCCACACUACAGGAUGCUUUUCGUGCACUACAAGGGUAAUAGCUAUGUACAAAGUAAAAUGGCAAAUCUAUAAUCGUAGACGUAUUUAUACAAAUCUUAGAGUUUGGAUGUGCGCGUGUGUAUGUAACUAAGAGUUAAACAAAAAAUGGCCCCGUUGAUAAUUGAUUAAUUUAUUUAUUAAAAAAAAAAAAUAUAUAUAUAUAUAUAUAUUUGUAUGCUGUUGAACAAACACAUUGUAUCGUGUUUUCAUUUGUCAUGUGAUUCACAAAUAAAUGCAAUAAACAGAUAUUUGAAGAGAAUGUUAAAAGUAAACAUAUUUUAGUCGUUACUGCCCUCAAAGUAACGAAGCGCUGUAUAAUUUUUGUAUGCAUAAGCUUUUUUAUUCAACUUUCCCUUACCAGGAUAGGUCUGGCCUCCCAACUAGUCCGUUUCUGUCAUAUCGCUUUAGCUGUGCGCAAGUUGCAUAACAAUAAUACUAUAUAUUGUAAAUAUAUAUAGCAAGAUAGUUUCGUGAAGAAAAAAUACUGCGUUGAAUUUAUUGACAAACUCAACUAUGACUGAAAAUAUAGGAACAAAGGAAACGUAACGCCCCAUAACAUUUUGCGAUUCUCUUCGCACAGCACUUCAGCUGCAGAAUUUUCAAUAUACGACAGGUACAAGAAUCGACAAUUGCCGAACGUCGACGUUUGAGUAAAAAAAACUAGUAGAUAUAUUUUUCAUUGCAGAACAACUCGAUUCGUACACAUACCACUUAGUUUUCCACUAACCUUAAUUUAUUGUUUAAAAACUCAAAAAAGGCACCAUGUGUUCUUACUCUUUAUGUCUUUCUGUCGUCUAGCAUUUACUCACACGUAUAGAUUUUUGUAUAAUACAACUAUAUCUCCUAAGCUUACGUAAAUAACACGCCUGCUCAUCCAUCACUGCUAGGAUAUUCUCUUUGACUACUAAUACUAUUGAGACCCAAAUGGUACAUAUGCCAAUGGAUUUUUAAUAGUGUAAAUAUUUAAAUAAAAGUAACCUUAGUCUGACGUGUGUGUUCGUAGUAUUAUAGUUAUCCAUGAUUCAUUCUUCUGUCCUUCUGUCAAUUCAUUUUCAGACUCAUAUACGAUAUAUGUGGUGCAACUUGUCUACAUGUAAAAGUCUACCAUAGAGAAUGAGCAGUUAUCAUUUGUUAUUAUCACACAGUUGUUCAUCGUCGGUCAAUCGCACGGUUAAAUCGCUGUUUACUGCUGUUGCACUGUUCGUUAUAUUUGCGCUUAAGAUUAACGUAGGGACAACAUACGCGCUAA